CACACCCAAUGAAAGGUAUGGACCUUCACGAUGAGAUUUCUUCUCAGUACGCACUCUCACCCCAAGACUCGGGCAGGCUCAAAUCCAUCAUCCAAACCCACCACGCCCUCGGCACGGCAGCAGCGGCCCCGAACAUGUGCACGUCCCUCAUAGCAAGGCGCAUUGGCGCACCGGCCCACGCCGUGUGGCCCUUGGUGCAUGACUUCGCGAGUCGUCAGAGGUACAAGCACUUCAUCAAGAGCUGCCACAUGAGGGAAGGAGACGGCGGGGUCGGGAGCGUGCGUGACGUCGUGGUGAUCUCAGGGUUGCCAGCCUCGACGAGCGUGGAGAGACUGGAGGUUCUCGAAGACGAGAGGGGCGUGCUGAGCUUUAGGGUCAUCGGAGGUGACCAUCGGCUUCACGACUACCGUUCGGUGACCUCGGUGAACGAGGUGACGACGAUUGAAGAAGAGAGGAAGGUCGUGACUUUGGUUUUGGAGUCUUACGUUGUGCAAAUCCCCCAAGGAAACACUUGUGAAGACGCCAAGUUGUUCGCUGACACUAUAGUGAAGUUGAACCUGCAGAAGCUUGAAGAAGUAGUUAUGGCUCCUUUGAAUAAAGAGAAAAUGAAGGAGGACAAGCAUGAUGGUGAUGAAAAGUGCUGAUGAUGACUCUUGAUGAUGAUGAACGUCCGAUUGCGUGAAGAGAUUGCUUGUAAAUGUAAAUGAAGGUGCUGAUUGAUGCUGCUAAUUAUGUAUGUGAAUCGCUGUACGUUACGCGGUAAUUAUGUGUAUUGCGUACCAUUUUGAACUCUCUAGUUGCUAUGCAUUAUAUAGUAAAUUAUGUAAAUCGGGGUGAUGCGUGCCUUCUAGGUUUUUCUUCCUCUUUUUUCUCAUAUUCUUUUGGGGGUAAAUUUGAUUUGGUUGUCUUGUUACUUCUCCUAAAAUGUUC